AGAUCCAAGCAACGAAUGAGCUACCGAAGUGCGGUGCUUACCACGCAUCCCACAAAUAACAGGAAACGAAGCAAAGCCGGGUGCUAUACGUCGUACACGCGAUAAUCUUGUUGAAAUCAUCGAUACCCCAGUACGAUAUUUGUAAAAUGGAGGCAAAGAAGAAUCUCCUCUGUGCUCAGCUCGAAGGCCGUGAAUCGCCUGCCCCGGAAAGUCAGACCGCCGAACAGCAGGCGCCUUUUUGCUGGGGCAGAAUUCCUCGCAAUCUGCAGCAGCCAGCAUAUAAUUCGACAGAGGGGAGCUCUGAUCCCGCCAAGCCCUUUGUGUUGGAAAGCAACCCCGUCCAUCCUCUGGAGGCGCCGUUGGCGGCGCAAUAUGCGCAUGACAAAAAGCGGAGUAUCUCCGAAUGAUGUUGGUUUUAUUUCCCUUUAACUAUCGUUUCACCUCGCCGCAGUAUCUACUUUCAUUCUUGGGUUGUGUAUCCCGUCUGUGUGGGCCCCGGCUCAUUUAAAUUUCGUGAAGACGUAUAUGACUUAGUCGUGAAAUACCGAGAAGGCACUUCUAUAGCCGUUGGUACAACGGUGUUCAGGAUUCUUGACAUAUCGGAAUAACACUCUCUACAACUCUA